CAGAUAUACACAAAUGUCCCAUAAUGAUUUGUAAUUGGUCAUGGUUAGGGCAAUUAUAUUUCUUUCAAUUAUCAUUAAUUUCCUGCAUAAAUAGCAUACCAUAGUUUGACUUUAAUAUUUCAACUGAAAUAGUAUGGAAGUAAUAACUUCAAGUGACCAACUCCGUCAUAGAUCGAAUCAGCCAAUAUCUUCAUUAUACAAUGCAAAACAAAAAUUUCAAGCUUUAAGCAACAACAGUGAAAUACCGAUAACUGCUUUUCCUGUUGUACACGAAAGUCGAUCGUCUACAGUGAAUAUGCGGCAUAUUUCUACACCAUUCACCUAUUCACAGCCAUCCAGUUCAACAUUGACGACGACAAAAGCAGCAACAGAGACACUGUCUUCUUUCUCCUCUUCUCCUUUAUCAGUGAAUACUUUUUCACCUAAUUCUUCUUCACAACCAACGAGUUACCCAGUGAAUGAACCAGACUGUUUAGUGAUUCUUGAUAUCUGUACCUCUGGUAGACAGCACGAUGAAACAGGCUCGGAUGAAUAUCCGAUAAUAUUGUUGACUGCAAGAAUCCACAAUUUAAAACAAUUUGAUCAAAACGAAACCGAAUUUCAACUGUUUGUCAAGCCAUGUCAAGUUAUCUAUGAUGACUUUAAGGAUUUUGGUACAUCAAGGACUAAACGACCUUAUGUCAAAUUGGAAGCUCACGAAAACUCCGCUCAACAUGAUGACAUCACAACAACUGACGUAACAAUGGAUUCCACUGUCAACGCAAGAAAUUACAACAUGAGAAUGAUAGAACCAACUGACGAGUGUAUUGCAGUAACUGGGGUAAACGAUCAAAUCCUGGCAGAUUCUCCCCUACUUGAAACCGCCUUAAAGCAAUUUGACCAUUGGAUAGAAGAAAAUAAUCUGUAUUGCUUCAAGAACGAUCACUCUAUAGUGAGCUGGAAGACUCAAGAAACAAACUCAGAGUCUCAUUGUCCAGAUCAGUUAUCUCCUACGACUACAAUGACAGCAGCAACAACAACAACAAAAAUGGAUUGUGACGAAAACCCAAGAAGUUUCGUUCUGCUGGUGGAUGGACCGUAUGGCUUGCGUUUGUCACUCCAUCCAGAGACCACAGUAAAAUCAAUCACCUUAACAGAAUACCCGUAUUUUUAUCAGUUUAUUGAUAUCAAAAAGUCUUUCACCAAACUCUAUGGAUUAAAUUCUAUCCCCAAAACAACCGAUGAAAUGUUAAAAUAUUUGCAAAUAGAUGAUGAAUACUUACCACCUUCCUUAAAUCAUCACUUUACUGAAUCGUUUUUCUUGCCGCCUCAGAAUGAUAAAGCUGAGUGUUUGUUAGCAUGUGAAACUUCUGGCAGUCAUUAUGAAUGUCAGUAUUCGAGCCAGCAUGCUGAAAAGCCCGAAACUACUUCCAGCAGUCAACGACGUCAGCCUAACUUUGCUGUUGCCAGUGAAUCAGAUGACGAAGAUAAAAACUAUGUUCAAAUUAACUAUAAAUCUACUGAACCAGGUUACUGGCCUAGUCAACAUUGUCAAGUAUUGAUUAAACUGGUCCGGAAAAUGACUUCAGAUGGAAUGAAGUGGGGAGACUUUGAAACAAUUAAUCGUGAAUACUAUCCAGCAAUAAUACGCAAAUCAGACGAUAUCAGUGAUAAUGUUGUCGUUCGGGCCCGGGGAUUACCAUGGCAGGCUACAGACUUGGAAAUUUUUCAGUUUUUUAGCGGUAUCAAUAUUGCCAAAGGUGGGAUAUCAUUAGUACUGAGUAAGAUUGGUCGAAGAAACGGAGAGGCGCUAAUUCAAUUCGCCGAUUCAGAACAACAAGGCUUAGCUUUACGAAAGCAUAAGCAUCAUGUUGGCAAAAGAUACAUUGAAGUGUACGCGGCAACAGGUCAUGAUUUUGUGUCCGUAGCUGGAGGUGAAACUGAAGAGGCAGAAAAGUUUCUUGGAAAACUGACGACACCCAAUCAAACGCUGAUUAGAAUGCGUGGUCUACCCUACACAACAACAACAGAACAAAUUCUAACAUUUUUCGCAAACACCAACUGUUCAGUACAAUUUGGCGCCGACGGAAUCCUAUUUGUAAACAGACGUGAUGGUCGAGCAACUGGUGAUGCAUUCGUCAUCUUUAAAACAAAACAAAUUGCCGAGAAAGCUCUUGAAAAUAACAAGCAACACAUCGGAAAUCGUUAUAUUGAAUUGUUCAAGUCAACUCCAGCUGAAGUGAAUCAGGUUAUGAAUGGUAUUUUAAAUCCAACCUGCGAAGAACAAGUGCACUAUUGGAACAGUUUAACAGAAAGUACUAACAGCAUAUUCAAUACGAUCGGUACUGCUUACAUGCCACCAUUCAAUGAAGCCAGUGGUCUACUUUGCCCAAAUUACAACUUGAAAUUACUCACUGGUCAACCGAAUAUCUCAGAUUUAACAUUUUCUCCGCAUAUUAUUCCACUGAAUUCGCAUUCUCCAUAUGUCAGUGAAUUGUCACACUGUCAGUUGUUAUCCCCACAACAAAUACUUUCUUUUGGUUUAACAGCAAAUUUAUCACAAAAUGGAAAUUUGUGUGUUCAACGUCUUUUGCCGAAUACAACUACAAAUAACUUGCCAGCAGCCACGUUGACCACAGAUCCACUCAUUAAUUUCAACAGUUUAGAUUUUUUAAACAACUUUUCAGGUGGGAUUAACACAACAGCAUCGAAUAUCUUGCCGACAAGUCAACGUGCAACAGAUUACACCAGACCUAUUACGCUGCAUUCAUCAAGUCACCUUGGUCCAACAUUAGUUCUGCCAAGAUAUCCAAUAAGUCCAUUAUCAGUGUCCAAUGGUGUCAGUAGUAUUAGUGCAACAGAUAACAUGAAUAAUCAUUUACUUAUACCAGACGCAAAUAAUCUACAGAUAUUACAGAUAUAUGGACACAAUGGUACUAAUGCUGCAAUGUCUACCACUCCCGCUGCAACCACUACUACUGCCUCUUCUAACAAUAACAACAUUAAUAGUAACAGUAACAAUAAUAGCAUCAAUAAUCUAGGACUAUUGACCAACCUCCCGAACUUUGGUUUAUCUAUUGAACAAAUCGCUAAACGAUUUGUACGUGUAUGCGGAAUGCCGGUGAAUGCGGAUAUUACAGAUAUCUUGGUAUUUCUUCAAGAAAACUGGCGUAAUGUAGCUAUACAUGGAAUACACCUGGUGUAUGACGUUACGGGCCAACCAAUUGGAGAGGCUAUGAUCCAAUUCGUGUCUGAGUUAUCAGCUCAAAAUGUUUGUGAACAGAAACAUAGAAGUGUCUUCAUUAAAUAUGGUCUGCCCAUACCGAUAACUACACGUGUUGAUGUGAUUCAAUGUACAGUAGAAGACUUGAGUCAACUGAUUUCUAAUAUGUCAAGAAAUUCAGCAGUUGGAGGAUCUCUGUCCAAUCUGACUUCAUCAACAUCAUCAAGUUUAAUCAAUCCAUUGGCAUUUGCUCCACUGCAUACUCUAGAUGAGUCAACAGCUAUUCACGGAGUUUACGACUGUAUUCCGCAAACAGUGCCACUCACAUCACAGACAGGAUUUGGUAUUACACGAUCGAAUCUAUUACGAAUUCGUAGUCCAGAUAUCAAUUGGACGCCAUAUUUAAAUAUCAGAGAGUUAAACAAUUUCAACGUACCACCUCCACCUUUACCUAAUUCAUCCAAUAACCUGACUGGUUCAAAUAAUACAUUUUCUCUACCGACGCCUUUCAUCGAUAACAUAACCAAUGCAUUGGUACAGUGUACACCUUCAUUAUCAAAUAUAUUGGGAUUUCAUAUACCAAAUUUAUUUUACCAAACAACAAUUCCUAACAUCUAUACAAAUAACUCACUGAACUUUGAAUCAGCUGGGAUGCUUUCAUCUCAGAUCUCAUAUUCAACAGGCAGUAAUGAUAUUAACAACAAUUCUAGUAAUAGUAAAAGUUUGCCUGAGUCAAAAUCCAGUUCUAAUUGGACCAAUUCAUGGUCGAACGACUCGAUAGAAGGCGUUGAAUUGAUGAAUAUACCCGAUAUUCAUAUGUACAAACCAAACGAUGUUAUGCCUUCAAAGACAGAGAAUAAAGUGUUAACUGUAAACAUUAAAGGUUUACCGAAAGAUAUGUCGAUUAGUGAUUUCACUAACUGGUUAGAGGAGAAAAUUAAGAAUUUGAAGAUAAUGUCUAUACAUUUCGAGCAUUCAUUGAGUGAAUUAUCUAGCGGUAAUGCAAAACUUUAUCUUCAAAGCAAUUCGGAUGCAGAAUUAAUUGUCCAAGAGUUCAAUAACACUAUUAUAAACAAUUUUCAAAUCAGCGCUGAGAUUAACUAAACAAAAUGACAGAUGAGAAGAAAGAAGGAAUCAUAUUGAAGGCGAUGAAACUAACAAAUCAAAAUUAAAACUAGCUGACUUCUGAGUUAAGUACUUAUUUAUUAAUGUAAGAGUGGGGAAUGUAUUUCUCCUCCAUUUUCU